AUGCAUCCAGGGAUUCUGCUGUCGUUCUGUGCUGCCGGCUUCGCUUGGGAUUCCGGACACACGACUCCUUCUGUUGAGCGAGAUUGGAGUGGUUCAUAUUCUGGCAAGACCGAGCUGAAACAGACGAUGACCGUGCUCGUCUAUGUCGACGAGAAAUGGACGGAUCCGUCGUUGUCGUGGGAUCCAGCGUUGUAUGGCGGAAUCGCGAAGACCUGGUUACCGAUUUCGGCCAUUUGGGUUCCCGAUAUCAUCAUUUUUAAUAUGUUGCAUCACGAAGAUCUCCUCUCGUCAGUCCGGGCUCCAGCUCUCAUCUACCCUAACGGGACUGUGGAAGCGAGUCAUCCAGCUGUCUACACAGUCACUUGCGAGAUCAACAUCAAGCGUUUCCCGCUGGAUGAUCAACGAUGUGCGCUGGAGAUAGCCAGCUGGACAUACGGUAAGGACAAAAUUCGUCUGCGAGCUCACACUGAGCACUCACUGCAGCACUACACGGAUAAUGAGGAAUGGCGUCUGUUGAAGGUCACGGUAAUCGAGGACGAAUAUGAGCACGAAGGCAUUAAUGUGAAGCGCCGUCCUCUGUUCUACAUGGUCACCCUGACGUUUCCCAGCUAUGUGAUGUGCGCGAUCUCAGUCGUCGGUCUCUUUGCCAGGUUCUCCACCACCGGCGAGCGAGAG